AUGCACAUCUCUCGAACAACGAUUCUCAAUCCUCUACAACCUUUCACUACACCUAUACCGACAAUGUCAUUGUCCGCCAACCCCUCAAACAGCCGACGACUAUAUUCCUCCCUGACCACUAGCGGGAAGCCUAGGCAAGAAGUGACCUUACCCAGCCAAGAGACUCCUCAAAGUGCAGUCCAAUAUGCAUUAACAACCCUCGACCAAGUCGCCAAUUGGGCCCGACAGGGCUCCGUAUACCCCAUGACAUUCGGACUCGCCUGCUGCGCCGUCGAGAUGAUGCAUAUAGCUGCACCACGGUACGACCAGGACCGCCUCGGCCUCAUGUUUCGAGCCUCGCCCAGACAAUCCGACCUUAUGAUUGUUGCGGGUACAUUGACAAAUAAGAUGGCGCCGGCUUUGCGGCAAGUAUAUGAUCAGAUGCCUGAACCGCGAUAUGUGAUCAGCAUGGGGAGUUGUGCCAAUGGGGGUGGCUACUAUCACUAUAGUCAUUCUGUGGUUCGGGGGUGUGAUCGGGUUGUUCCGGUGGAUAUCUAUGUUCCUGGUUGUCCCCCCACGUCGGAGGCAUUGCUGUAUGGGAUUUUCCAGAAUCAGAGGAAGAUGAGGAGCAGGAAAGUCACGCGUAUAUGGUAUCGACGAUAGAUCAGGAAGUAGGUCUAUUGCAGAGAGCCUCAAUAAAG